UAGUUCAAUCUUUAUACUAGCUUCUUACCUUAGAAACCUACCUGUUAAACAGUAACUAGCCAAUCUCCAGAAGAGGAUUGCGCUUCACCUGGUGUGAUGGGUUCUGGGGGAAUUGGAGGUUCUAUAUGAGCGGUCUGAGAUCGGCGAUUUGUAGGAUCUUUGUGAAGUUUAUUUUUUUUGAUGUGGCUGACCAACCGGUGUUAAUCGUUAGAUUCGGCCGAUUUGCACGUUGUUUUUUUUGCAAUCUUUUUGAAGUAUAUAUCAAAUAAUCCAAGGACACAUAUAAAAUGAGGUGAAUUUUCUUUGAUUUUAAUUUGAUUUUAUGAACAAUCUAAUAUUAAAGACUGAUUCAUUCAUAUCAAAUAAUAAUAAUGAGUGCUCAAACUGUUUUUGUGACCGGAGCUACUGGUUAUAUUGCUCAACAUAUCAUCCUUCAAUUGUUAAAGAAGGGAUAUCAUGUUAUUGGACAAGUUAGACUGGUUGCUAAAGGUGAAGCUUUGGAAAAAGAUUUCAGUGAUAAGAAUUUCUCCUUUGAAAUUGUUGAAGUCUUAGAAAAAGAUGGUGCCUUUGAUGUGGUUCUUACAAAACAUCCUGAGGUCACAGUAUUCCUUCACACUGCCUCUCCUUUCACAUUAGAAGUUGAAGAUAAUGAAAAGGAUAUGAUAAUUCCAGCUGUAAAUGGUACUAAGAAUGUUCUUGUUUCUAUCAAAAGAUUUGCUCCUCAAAUUAAAAGAGUUGUCGUCACAAGUUCUCUCCUCUCCGCCAUAUCUUUUGCUGAAUUGAUUGAUCCAAAAUUUAGAGGAAGCGAAGAUGAUUGGCACUCAGUUACUUUGGAAGAAGGAAAAAAUGGAGAUCUUUCUGCUGCUUAUCCUGCUUCAAAGAAAUUUGCUGAAUUGGCUGCUUGGGACUUCGUUAAAGAUGAAAAGCCAAACUUCCAAUUAUCAACUAUCUUACCAGGUAGUGUUUUCGGUCCACAGGCUUUUGAAUCAGGGGUAAGUAAUCUUCAUCUCUCUGCUGCUAUGGUUGCUAAAGUUUUGAAAUUAAAAAGAGAUGAUGCCAUUCCUGAUAUUGUUAGUAUUGCUAUUGAUGUUAGAGAUAUUGCAUUAGCCCAUAUACUUGCCUUUGAAAAGGAAGAAGCAGCUGGUCAAAGAAUUGUCGGAGCAGCUCAUAGAUUUAUUUACAGUGAAAUAGUUGAUAUUAUUAGAAGAAAUUUUACAGAAUUCGACUGUCAAUUACCUCCUACUGAAAAAUUGCCAAACAAUUUCUAUGAUAAGUGGGUAAAAUUUGACGAUGUUAAAUCGAGAAAGACUUUAGGUAUUGAAUAUAUUCCUUUGGAAAAGACUGUGAUUGAUUCUAUCACUCAAAUAUUGGAUUAUAAUAAGAAGCAUGGUUAAUCUGCUGUUAGAUUGUUUUUUUUAAAUUGUUUUUGUGAUUCAUUACUUGUGGCUUUAUACUAUACAUUAAUGAGAUAUAAUUAACCAUUUGUGA